CGGAACGACAGAAAGAAGGAAAAGGGUAGCUGCCUCUGGAGGAAAUAAUUGUGAGGGGGGCCUCAUAGCGGGUGGAAGCAAGCUCGGAGGCAGGAAGCAGCGGCUCUAUGGCUCAGUCGGCUGCUAACGGUGUGGACCAGGAUCUGGCCAGCAAGAGGCUGCACUCAAGGAUGGAGGCCUCUUGCUUGGAGUUGGCGUUGGAAGGAGAGCGGUUGUGCAAAGCUGGGGACUUUAAAGGGGGAACAGCGUUUUUUGAGGCAGCCGUGCAGGUCGGCACAGAUGAUCUGAAGACCCUCAGUGCCAUCUACAGCCAGCUGGGCAACGCCUACUUCUACCUCAAAGAGUAUGGCAAAGCCCUGGAAUACCACAAACACGACCUGACUCUGGCCAGAACAAUAGGAGACAGAAUUGGAGAGGGAAAAGCCAGCGGCAACCUCGGUAACACGCUAAAAGUGUUGGCACGCUUUGAUGAGGCCGUCGUGUGCUGCCAAAGACACCUGGAUAUUUCUCAAGAACAGGGCGACAAGGUUGGAGAGGCCAGGGCACUGUAUAACAUAGGGAACGUGUUUCAUGCAAAGGGAAAGCAGCAGUUAUGGGGCUGCACCCAGGAACCAGGGGACCUUCCUCCUGAUGUCAGAGACACACUGCAGAAGGCUACUGGCUUUUAUGAGAUGAACUUGUCUUUGGUCAAAGAACUUGGAGACCGAGCUGCUCAGGGGAGGGCUUAUGGUAACCUAGGCAACACCCACUACCUACUGGGAAACUUUGUCGAAGCUAUCAAGUUCCAUCGUCAGCGAUUAUCAAUAGCCAAAGAAUUCGGAGACAAAGCUGCAGAACGGAGAGCCUACAGUAACCUUGGCAAUGCCCUGAUAUUCCUGGGCCAGUUCAACACAGCCACAGAAUACUACAGGAAAACUCUGCAGCUGUCCAGGCAGCUGAGGGACCAGGUGAUGGAGGCUCAGGCCUGUUAUAGCCUUGGGAACACCUACACUCUUUUGCAGCAGUAUGAAAAGGCCAUAGACUACCACCUGAAACACCUGUACAUAGCCGAGGAGCUUACUGAUAGAGUUGGUGAGGGCCGUGCCUGCUGGAGUCUAGGAAAUGCAUACGUGUCUUUAGGGAACCACAAACAAGCUCUCCACUUUGCCCGAAAGCACCUGGACAUCUCUAACGAGAUUGGAGACAGAAACGGCGAACUGACAGCCAGAAUGAAUGUGGAGCAGCUCAUGGAGUCUCUGGGGGUCAACGAGAGCGACCUUUCACCCUCCAGUUCAGAGUUUGAGAUGCAAGGAGCAAGACCCAAAUUCACCAAAAGGAACAGCAUGGACAGUGUGGAGCUGUGGAAGUACUCUUCAGAUAAGAAUGGUGAGAACCAAGACUUGGAAAGUAUACCCCCGAGAUCCAAGAGUCAGCUGUCGCAGCCAGGCAAGAGAAAAGGCUAUCCUGACAGCCAGUCAUCAGAUGAGAGGCUGUGGUUGGACUCUCCCGUAGACACUGAUGACAUCACAGUGCAAGUCCCGCCUCCAGUGGCAAAGCUGGGCCGGGACCCCUCCGAUGAAGACUGCUUCUUUGACCUCCUCAGCAAGUUCCAAAGCAGCCGCAUGGAUGACCAGCGUUGCCAUUUUGAUGAGCCUGAGAAUGGAGACAAUGGAGAAGACGCUGCCAACUCUGUGGCAUCCCUGAAUGAGAUGAAAGAUCCGUCAAUCACCACCUCCCCGCAGACGGAGGAGCUGUUCGAUUUGAUCGCUAACUCCCAGAGCCGCCGGCUAGAUGACCAGCGGGUUAAUGUUGGUAACCUCCCAGGCCUGAGGAUUACCCAUAACAACCUGGGGCACCUUGUGGGUGAGGGAGAUCAUCAAGAACCCAGCGAUGACUUCUUCAACAUGCUCAUCAAGUGUCAGUCCUCCAGGAUUGACGAUCAGCGCUGCUCCCCACCAGAAGGAGGCCCCCACGCCCCCACAGUGCCUGAUGAAGACUUCUUCAGUCUAAUCCAGAGGGUGCAGGCCAAGCGUAUGGACGAGCAGCGCGUCCAUCUGCCUUCAGACGACCAGGACGACCCCCCGUCUCCUGACCCGGAGCCCCCUGGUGGUUUUCCCAGCUAGGACUUGUUGAAUAAUGCUGCAAUACUUCCUGUCAAAGAAAGCAGAAGAAAUGAAAGAGGGAUGAGGCAACAUUUAAAGACGGCACUGAAGGGUGAACUAACAAGAUUUUUUUAGUAACAAAUUUCAUGUGCAAUAGUUGGUGCCCUGUCAAAUGUUGCUCGAUGUAUUAUGUUCUAAAUGUGUGUGGUAAUACAACGGGGAAACAAGCAGAGUUUAAGCUCGCUGGGGUAACAUGAAACAGAUAUGUACUCAAUAUAAUGCCUUAAUCAGCAUUUUUUUUCAGACCCAAGAUUGUAUUCCCUGGUGUCAGAUGUGUUUUGUAGAAGCACGCGAUGGGCAUACAGAGUUAAUGUGGAGACCUACAGCUGUGGUGGUUGGAAUCACAAAGAUUCAAUGAUAGGAAAACAGUUGAUAAGAACAUCAGAGAUAUGACUGGUUUUAUAAAGACAUUAUUGUCACUUUUUCAGCAAAAUAUAUCUAUUCAGUCGACUGAUCAAUAAUGUUUUUAUCAUUCAAUCUCUGUGGUUCCCACUGCUCACAGAAAUGGGUGUUAUUUGUGCAGUAACAGUAUUAUAGGAUCGUCAUCUAGUGUCAAAUAAACUGCUCUGGUCAGUUCAAACAUUCCACUCCUUGAUAACCAUGCUUACUUAUUUGUUUUUUAGAAUUUUUUUAAAUUAGCAGACUGAUUGGAUCUGAAGUGUUAUUUAUGUGCAUUUCUGCAUUUAUAAAAAUGCAUCUCUUCACACAGUAACCAAGGUGACUGAGCAAACAAUUCAAAGCUUCUUUUAUAGAUUGGAGAAUAGAGUUUGAUUCUGUCUCCAAGUACAUGUUUCCGCUUAUUUUCGGCUGUAAUGUUAUCUGCUGGCCAUGACAUUCUCAACUUCUGAUAGCAUACUACUGCUUACUGCCAUUAUUAUUAUUAUUAUUAUGACCUAACAUAGGAAUAGAAGCAGACGAAUGUGUCAUACUUUGAUGAGUCUAAUACCAUGAACAAUGUUAAAACACUAAUUCUAGUUUAUGCUGCCGAUUUCCUGCCUCGCUGUGGUCAAAACCUUGUACUACCUCUGUGAAAUACAGAGCACCAUCUGUUGGCGAUAAAAGGCGUUCCAUAUUCUUAAAUAUUUUUAGGACAACAUUAUUAUAGUAAUAUUGUGAUAAAGUACAAGUAUGACCACACUGAGGAACGUUCCCUUUGGUGUGGGGCCAAAAUGUUUUCAACUUUUAACUUAAAUUUGGAGAUUUUUGCAAUUCUUUUCAUUAAGAAUACAGUGUUUUGUGUCACGUCAGUGAACAUUUCUAUCCCUUUGUUGCCAUAAAAAAAUCAGCAAAAGGUACAAACUGCCGAGAGACAUUUUUAAUCGGCUGAGGUUUUGAAACCUUUUGCUGAACAGAGCAUCUGUAUAACGGUACUGUAAGAACAGUUUUUGACCUUACCUAUGGGCUAGCUUUUUAUUCAAAAGUAGUGCAUACCUCAUUUUUGUACCUCAAAGCUCAUGAACCUUAGAGAUUUAAGUGCUGAGCUAGGAUGUAUCAUGUUCCAGGGUCAUAGUGGUUUGAUUCAUCUAUCUUUGAUAUAUAACGCAUUGGGAGUUACUAUUUAAUGUUUUUUUGUGAAUUAACAUUUCUAGAAAGUACCUUGUAUGCUUCUAUUUGUCUUUGCCAUAACUUGUACAUAUAAAUAUAUUUUGUAUUUAUGUUCCAUAUGAGGACAUGCAUAUGUCCCCUCAUGCUUUUAAUAAAAUGGUUCAGAUGUUUAAAUUACCUUUUUUCAUUUAGUGCUGGCAAACUAAUGAUUAUCAAAGCUUUUGUAAAGUUUUCAUCUUUUGAUGCUAUGGGAAAUUAAAUGAGCAACAAUAAGUUAAUAUAGCUAUGAAAUAUCACAUUUUGUACAUUGAAAAAUGACAUGUGAGCUGCUGAUUUCUUAUUAAGCAGAAUUCUAUUAAAAAAUGUUUGU